CUGGAGGCAGAGUGUCGCUACUCCUCUUCCCCACGCCAACGGAGAAGCAGAAAACAAGGAGCCCCUUGACCGCGGGUGUGUGCAUGAAUUUAUCCUCAUAUUUAAAAACCGAUCUCUACAACCUAGACCGACUCGACGCUGAAAGGAUUUUGGCGGAAAGUGCGAAAGAAAGAAAAUCAGACGCGUGCCCUGCGCACUACUGCAUCCUCCCUCUCCAUCUCUGUCUCAUCUCUCCUCCUUCUCUGCCUCUGCGCUUUUUACAAGACUCCCGGCUUCUCCCAUCCUGAAUAUUCCCAGUGACUGUUCACUUAUUGCGAAGCCGUGAGCUGCCUCUUCUUCUUUUGUCCAAGUUUGAACACCGUUUCCGAGCUGCUGGAAGUACACCGCCAGAGCCCCUGAGAGCUGGCCGGACUCUGUAGCUGCCGUCUCCCCGAUUCAAGCGGAUCAUCGAGGGGACCUUGCGCGGAGUCAAUAGGACUGGAAAUUAUUUAACCCUCUCACAUCAACGUACCGCAUGGUGGGAAUUUCUGCCUCUUUUCAGUAUCGCACUGGGAAGCGCUCCACCAUGCCCGACUCACCUGCGGACGUCAAGACACAGUCCAGGUUGACCCCCCCUACCAUGCCGCCCCCACCCAGCACGCAAGGAGCGCCCCGCAACAGCUCCUACACCCCCACCACAUUAACCAACGGCAGCAGCCACUCUCCUACAGCACUCAAUGGCGCUCCAUCCCCUCCCAAUGGCUACAGCAAUGGUCCCAGCUCCUCCUCCUCAUCCUCACUGGCCAACCAGCAGCUGCCGCCGGCGUGCGGCGCCCGGCAGCUCAGCAAGCUCAAGCGCUUUCUCACAACUUUACAGCAGUUUGGCAAUGACAUCUCACCUGAAAUCGGCGAGCGCGUCCGCACAUUAGUGCUGGGACUAGUGAAUUCCACGCUAACCAUCGAAGAAUUUCACUCCAAGCUCCAAGAAGCCACCAACUUCCCUCUGCGACCUUUCGUCAUACCCUUUCUGAAGGCCAACCUGCCGCUCCUUCAGAGGGAGCUGCUGCACUGUGCCAGACUGGCCAAGCAGAACCCGGCUCAGUACCUGGCCCAGCAUGAGCAGCUGCUCCUGGACACCAGCACCACCUCCCCAGUGGACUCCUCCGAACUCCUGCUGGACGUCAACGAGAACGGCAAGAGAAGGACGCCGGACAGGACCAAAGAGAACGGCUUUGAUCGAGAUGGCGCCCUGCACCCGGAUGUUCACCCUAGCAAGCGUCCCUGCACCAUAAGCCCCGCCCAGCGCUUCAGCCCAUCCAACGGGCUCUCCUACCAACCCAACGGCCUGCCCCACCCGGGCCCGCUCCCUCCGCAGCACUACAGGCUGGAUGACAUGGCCAUUGCCCAUCACUACCGCGACACCUACAGACACCCGGCCUCAAAUCAUCGGGAGAUCCGAGAAAGAGCCAGGCCUAUUGGUAUGCACACAGGGACCAGGCAGGAGGAAGUGAUUGACCACAGGCUGACCGACAGAGAGUGGGCUGAGGAGUGGAAGCACCUUGACCAUGUAAGAAAACUGCUGAACUGUAUUAUGGACAUGGUGGAGAAGACAAGGCGUUCACUGACAGUACUGCGGCGGUGCCAGGAGGCCGACCGCGAGGAGCUCAACUACUGGAUCCGACGAUACAGCGAUGCUGAAGAGCUUAAGAAGGGAGGCAGUGCUAGUGGGCAGUCAAGGCAGCAGAGCCCGGCAGCACAGGAAAAUGCAACACCAGAAAUUCACAGGGAGCUCCUGCACCGGCCUGUGUCUGGCUACGUCCCUGAAGAGAUAUGGAAGAAAGCUGGUACGGGAGGCUUGACUUCCUCUGUCUCCACACUCUUUCCAGAAGAGGCUGUGAAUGAGGUGAAGCGUCAGGCCAUGUCAGAGCUGCAGAAGGCCGUGUCAGAGGCCGAGCGUAAGGCUCACGAGAUGAUCAGCAGCGAGCGGGCCAAGAUGGAGCGCACGGUAGCCGAGGCAAAGCGGCAGGCGGCCGAGGAUGCGCUCUCCAUAAUCAACCAACAGGAGGACUCUAGCGAGAGCUGCUGGAACUGUGGCCGCAAAGCCAGUGAAACAUGCAGUGGCUGCAACACGGCACGCUACUGCGGCUCCUUCUGCCAGCAUAAGGACUGGGAGAAGCACCACCAUGUCUGUGGUCAGACCCUCCAGGCCCAGCAGCAGCAGCAGGCCAGCCAGCAGCAGGGAGGCGUCCCGGGGUCAGAGACCCCUGCUCCCAUCAGCUCCUCCGCCUGCACCCCGAGCAGCGGGACUGGGAGUCCGGCUGCUACCCCGCCUGCUGCUACACCGCGCUCCUCCACCCCCAGCACCCCGUCCUCCUCCGCCCUGGAUGGCACACCGCGCUAAGAGACUUCCGCAGAGGAUGGAGGCAAAGGCCCCCGGGGCUAAACAGCCAGGCCUCAAUCCCACAAACAGCAUGACUGUCUGCAUUGCCUUGCAAAGAUACACUAAGCUAACGUGGCUAACAGAACGAGAUGGCAGUGCUUGUGUCUAUCUUGCAGCGUAGUCAUAGAAGGAGGAGGUCCAUAAUCAGGUCAUAUUGACUUGCCAUGACUUUAAAGAAACACAAAGAUAUUCUUUGUUUUGAAUGAAUGAAUUUAAAUAUUGACAUCCUUUUAUCGUUACACUUGCUAUUCUUGUUGUCUGUUUGUCGUCGUGCCUGUUGUUGUUAAUGUUGUUGUCAUUGUAGCUUAUCUUAUUUUUUUCCUGUAAAUAUUAAGAGACUGAGCAGAGAUAGCCGUGAACUCGAGACAAGUAUAUCUGACCUCCCCUUUUUUUAAAUGUUUUUAUUUUCCAUCCUUGAAUUUAUGCUUAUUUCCUUCCUGUACCUGGGACAUGAGACUAGUCAACCUCAUUUUACCAAACAGCAUACCAAGGGAACAAAACUAGCUAGCAGAAUGGGUGAAGUCAUCGAUAACUCUUUGUGAAGAAAGAUAUUAGAUUUAAAUGUCCUCAAAGACACACCGAUGGAUGGAUGGAUGGAUGGAUGGGUGGAUGGAUGGAUAAACAGGUUUGCGGCCUGGAGAGAGGAGAGGGAUGGACUGAAUCUCUGGCCCACAGACAGCCAUGAAAUGGGCAGAUGUGCAGCAGAUUGCGAGCAGAGCCAGCUGUUCAACCAAUGUUAUUUCCCUCUCACUUGUAAUAAUAUCCAGGUCAGUGGGCUGGGAAAUACAAAUCCGUCUCCCUGAAGGAUGUAAAAGGAAGAAUUCUUGGACAAGAUACAAAACUUUGCCCACUGCACAUGUGGAGGAUGUACUGACUACAAGUCGCACGUGCAUGCUUGGUGAGUCACAGAAGCUCUCAAACAGGAAGUGAAGUCAUCGUUCCACCAGCGAUACUGUCGCAUCACCAUGACAGCGACCGCUGGGCUGCUCGGAGCUGGAAAGCUACAGUGUGGAGAACUCAUUCUGUGCCCCAGACGCUCCCCUCCUGUCUCAACUCUGAAAAACAUUUCCAUCUUUACUCAUGUUCUUAUUCUUUUUCUGUAGAUGUCAUGGUGUUAAAGACUUCUGUCCUGUGGUGUCACCAAUGGUUAUUUAUUGUAUAUGUGUUGGACAAUUGUGACAAUGCAUAGUACUUCAACCAGUCACAACUCUAAGUCCUUCAUAACUCUCUCUCUCUCUCUCUCUCUCUCUCUCUCUCUCUCUCUCUCU